AUACGUGAGCACCAUAAUUAGCUCAGAGCAAGGCGAUUUGACGAGAUCGUAGCAGAAAUCCUUCUAUCGUUGCCGAACAACGACACCGGGGCUUUCUUUCUCGUGCAUAUGACCUGAAGACUGAGUAUACUACUAUUAAAAAUGGAAGGCCUGGAGGCGGUCGGCGAAUGGACCGCCGCAAUGAAGUCGGAGGAGGGGCGCGAGCAUUUCCUGGAGAGCGGGGGGCUUGAACAAGCUGCUCAGACAUUUAAGGAUGCCGUGGCUGAUGCGAGGCCGCCGGCGCAGCUGGUGCCACUAUGUCGCCUGCUGCGUAACUGCGUUCCGCUUGGGCCGGCGGCGGUGGAGACGCUUCUGGACGCGGACGUCGUCGGCACCGCCUGCCGCCUGGUCUGCUCCGCCCUCCCGGACCCCCAGCCCGCAUCGGGGCCCGCAGCAGCGCCAGCCUCCUCAUCGCAAUCGCCUCCAAGCCCGCAUGGAGCGGAGAUGGACGAAGCUACACUGCAGCUGCUGGCAGCUGCCACGCAGCUCCUUGCCAACCUGGCCAACUCGGGGGUGGAGGCCGCGGAGGCGGUGUGGGCGGCGGGCUGGUCGGCGGGGGCGCUGCUGCGGCUGGUGGCGCACCCCUCAGGCAAGCUGCACGAGCCCGCCGCACUCAUCUUGUACGCGUGCUGCCGCCAGUGCUACGACUGCAGCCGCGCGCUGUGCGGCCUGGCUGGCAGUAGCGGCAGUAGCGGCAGUAGCAGGGGCGACGGGCAGGCGGGAGGCUGCAGCAGCAGUGGCCGUAGCGGCCAGCCUGCAGCGGCAGCAGCAGCGGCAGCAACGUCAGCAUCUUCCACGCCGCCAAACCAUGCAGGUGCAGGUGCAUGUGCGGGCGCGGAGGAGGUUGGAGCGGCUCGCGCGGUGUGGGAGGCGCUCCUGCGGCGCCAGCUGGAGGACCACCGGCGGCAGGCGGCCGGCGGCGGCGGGCCGCGCGACGGCGGCCACCAGGCAAACAGUCAGCAGUGGACGUCGCUGCUGGUCGGCUGCGUGGCGCUGAGGCAGGGGCUGCUACAGCCGCUGCUGGCACUCCUCAGCGGCUGUAGCAGUCCCGGCGCCGCUCGGGCGCCCGCUCCCGCUCCUGCUGCGGUUGUGGCUGCGGGGACUGCCCCUGCAGCUGAGGCCGCUGCUGCCGUGCCUGCUGCUGAGGCGGCAGAGGGGACCCCAGGCGACGACGGCGCCGCGGCCGUCACAGCUGCCCGCGGCUUCCUGUGCCCACUGGUGCUACACCUGGUGGCGGUGGAGAUGCUGGAACUCAAGGGCGGGGCGGCCGUGGAUCUGGAAUCCUCGGAAAAAUCCCCGAGCUCCCGGAUCCAAGCCGGAUCCAGCACGGGCGUGGAGCAGCUUCCGCCGCCGCCGCCGGUAGCGCGGCCGCUGUGCGCCGCGCUGCUGUGUGCGGCCGAGGUCGCUGUGGCGGCGGCGCGUGCGUGCGCGCGGCGCGGCGGGGCCAGCGGCAGUGCUGCCGCCGCCGGGGUGGAGGGCCGGGCUGGCAGCGAGCGCGAGCACCAGCAGGCGCAGGGGCAGGGGCUGGAGCAGGGGCAGGGGCUGGAGGAGGUGGCACCGCUGGAAGCUGUGCUUGAGGCUGCACUGGAGGUCCUCAAGUCCGUCACGCAGCGCGAGGACGGCGGCCGAGCGCUGGCCGGCGGGAUAGACCUGGCGGAGUGGCUGCUGCUAACCAACAGUGACAGCAGCAGCAGUAGCAGUAGCAGUAGCAGUAGCAGUCAUGGCGUUGGUACCCAGGCGUCGAGCGGCGACGACGCGGCGGGGGCUGCAGCGGCAGGCGCGCCCUCGGCGGCGGGGGCGGGGGCGGUGACAGUGCCGGCGCAGCUGCUAGGCAUGCUGGCGGCGCUGCAGCCGGCGGCGGCGGCGCGGACCAAGGCGCGGUCGACGCUGCCGCCGCCAAUGGUCAUGGAUCUGCGUACGGGAGCGACUGAGGCGGCGCCGCCGCCACCCGAGGGCGCGCCGCCACAGGACCGGCCGGUGGUUGAGCUGCCAGCGGCACUGGAACGGUUGGCGGUUGGUUUUCCAGCUGGCGCGUCUGCAACGCCGUACAUCGGUUACCGCGGCGACCUGGUGGCGGUUGUUGCCAACGGCUGCUUCCGGCGGCCGACGGUUACAUCAGCAGUUGUUCGGUUGGGCGGUUUGGAGCUGCUGCUGGCGCAGACACACCUGGACGAGCGGAGUCCGCUGGCGCGGGAGUGGGCGCUGUGGGGCGUGAGGAACAUGGCCGAGGGCAGCGAGGAGGUCCAGGCACGUAUUGCGGGACUGGAGCUGCAGACCACGGUGGAAACGCCCGAGCUGCAGCAGCUGGGCCUCAGGCUGGAGCUUGACAAGGCCACGGGUAAAAUGAAGGUGACCAAAACCGAGGAGGCCGAGGAGGUGCUCAGGCGGGGCGCGCCGCCGCCGCCGCCGCCGCAGUAGAUACCGUAGAGCUGCAGUCGGGGAUGCACAGCUUGCAGCAGCUGCUGCUGCGCGGUGCUGGUGGCAGCCGCGGCGUUUGAAGCAGCGGAGCGGGCGGCGGUGGAGGCAGCCAACUAGCGACUGGCCACGUACCCCAGUGGCCAUGGCGUUGUUGCAAUUGCAGCCAGCGACAGUGCCCAUCGAGUGCUUCAUUUCAGCAUGGGGAGGCCGACUCCAAGAGGCGACAUGCGACAUUGUGACAGCGGCACAGGCUACAGGCAGCGCGUGCUGGGUUUGGGUGUUGCAGACUUGGGAUACACAUGUUACAUUCCGCACGCGGCAUUUGGGCAAUGCGGAGGAGAUGGCGAGGCGAGGCUGCUGAGUCCGUCGAAGGCUGAGUGGCCAGCGCCGGCUUGAAGCGAAAUGGGCGGCUGGCUGUGAGCUUGCGUGCUGGCUUCACCGGCUUCACUGGCUUCACCGCGGGGAGCACACGGCGCAGGCGGAAAGGUGUGUUUGUUGCGACAGGGUUCAAGCAUUCGGGGGAUAGCUUGGGUUGUAGUGUUGGAGUGGGGGGAGGGAUGAAUCAGUACGGCCACCGGGAGCCAGGAUUCGGGGAACGUGCGGGUCCCAGUCGGGUGCUUUGUGACCCCCCACCGCGCCCGGACAUCGGAUUGAGUGUCGCGGUCGGGGCGGCAACUGGGUUUUUCCCCACAAGCCCUGAAGCUUGCAAUUGUAAUUAUGAUUCUUC